AUGAAGAAAGGCUCAAAAGCUAAUCAAGUCUCUCGAGAGAAACAGGACGCUCAUUUACCUGCGAUCGGAGAAACUAUCUUUACCAUUGGAGAUGGCAAUAGAGAAGACGUAUGGGAUGAUACCGAAUUGAUUGCCCACUGGGACAAAGAAGUGGAUAAAUACAGAGCCAUGUUUACCAAAGAAAAAGAUUCACCACCUCCCUUUGGAAAUUCAAAGACCAAAGAAAAAAGACAAAAGAAGAUUAUUAAACCGAUAGAAAAGAAAAAGAUAAAGAAGAGAGUGAAUCCUGAGACGAGUAGUAAUCGGAUGCCACCAAACAUACUAAAAGGUGUUCCCACGACCCCAAUGUCAACUCCACCUUGUGUAGCAGCCCAUAGUGAGCAGAACAAAGAUGAAGAUUUAACUUCUCUACUGAUGUCGUGGUAUUAUUGUGGAUAUUACACAGGUCUUUAUCAAGUAUGUUAA